GUAUAAUCGAAAUGGUGUAAAUGCACUCCAGCUGGAUCCAGCAUUAAACAGACUCUUCACAGCGGGUCGAGACUCUAUAAUAAGGAUAUGGAGUGUCAAUCAGCACAAGCAAGACCCUUAUAUAGCAUCUAUGGAACAUCACACUGAUUGGGUAAACGAUAUUGUACUUUGUUGCAAUGGUAAAACAUUGAUAUCUGCUUCUUCAGAUACUACUGUUAAAGUGUGGAAUGCACAUAAGGGAUUUUGCAUGUCAACACUAAGGACACAUAAGGAUUAUGUGAAAGCCUUAGCAUAUGCAAAAGAUAAAGAACUGGUAGCAUCUGCCGGGCUGGACAGACAGAUAUUCCUCUGGGAUGUAAAUACUCUAACAGCACUGACUGCCUCAAACAACACUGUCACAACUUCUUCCCUGAGUGGGAACAAAGAUUCCAUUUACAGCCUUGCAAUGAAUCAAAUGGGAACAGUAAUUGUAUCAGGGUCCACUGAAAAGGUUUUAAGGGUAUGGGAUCCAAGGACUUGUGCAAAGCUGAUGAAACUUAAAGGGCACACGGAUAACGUAAAAGCUUUGUUGUUGAACAGAGAUGGCACACAGUGUCUUUCAGGCAGCUCUGAUGGAACUAUUCGUCUAUGGUCCCUUGGCCAGCAGAGAUGUAUAGCCACAUAUCGAGUCCACGAUGAAGGUGUUUGGGCUCUGCAGGUCAAUGAACCCUUCACUCAUGUUUAUUCAGGAGGAAGAGACAGAAAGAUUUAUUGCACAGAUUUACGAAAUCCUGAUAUCCGUGUGCUCAUCUGUGAAGAAAAGGCACCAGUUCUUAAGAUGGAACUUGAUAGAUCAGCUGAUCCUCCUCCAGCCCUUUGGGUUGCAACAACUAAAUCUUCUGUCAAUAAGUGGACUUUGAAGGGAAUUCAUAAUUUUAGAGCUUCUGGGGACUAUGACAAUGACUGUACUAAUCCUAUAACACCUCUUUGUACACAGCCUGACCAAGUUAUCAAAGGGGGUGCUAGUAUUAUUCAGUGCCACAUUCUUAAUGACAAGAGACGUAUAUUAACCAAAGAUACAAAUAACAAUGUGGCAUACUGGGAUGUAUUGAAGGCAUGUAAAGUUGAAGACCUUGGGAAAGUAGAUUUUGAAGAAGAAAUUAAGAAGAGAUUUAAAAUGGUGUAUGUGCCAAACUGGUUCUCAGUAGACUUAAAAACUGGGAUGUUGACAAUUACUUUAGAUGAGAGUGACUGCUUUGCAGCUUGGGUCUCAGCAAAAGAUGCUGGGUUUAGCAGUCCAGAUGGAUCUGAUCCAAAAUUGAAUCUUGGAGGGCUUCUACUACAAGCUCUUCUAGAGUAUUGGCCUAGAACACACAUCAAUCCAAUGGAUGAAGAGGAAAAUGAAAUAAAUCAUGUGAAUGGUGAGCAGGAGAACAGAGUACAGAAAGGAAAUGGAUACUUUCAGGUACCACCGCAUACACCAGUUAUCUUUGGUGAAGCUGGAGGACGCACUUUGUUCAGAUUAUUAUGUCGGGAUUCAGGUGGUGAAACUGAAUCUAUGCUGCUUAAUGAAACUGUGCCACAAUGGGUAAUUGACAUCACUGUGGAUAAAAAUAUGCCCAAAUUCAAUAAGAUUCCCUUCUACCUUCAACCUCAUUCGUCUUCAGGGGCAAAAACUUUAAAAAAAGAUCGAUUGUCAGCUAGUGACAUGCUGCAGGUCAGAAAAGUGAUGGAGCAUGUUUAUGAGAAAAUCAUAAACCUGGAUAAUGAAUCUCAGACAACUAGCUCCUCCAAUAAUGAAAAAGCUGGAGAACAAGAGAAAGAGGAGGACAUUGCUGUGUUAGCAGAAGAAAAGAUUGAACUCUUGUGCCAGGACCAGGUUUUGGAUCCAAAUAUGGACCUUCGAACUGUUAAGCACUUCAUAUGGAAGAGUGGUGGUGAUCUGACACUUCACUACCGACAGAAAUCAACGUGAAAGGAAUGAUGGACUCAAAUGGUUGUUCAUUUACUUGACCUUACUGUACUGGUUCCAAGAGUAGUACUAUAGAAGCCCACUGAACCCUAAGGUAGAUGAGACUUCUAAUGACUCAGUAUGGACCAGAGAGUAUACAUUUAAUAAUUGAAGU